AUGCCAUCCCUCAAAAAUAUCCUCCACAAGCGCGACUCAGUCUCUAAAGACAAAUCACCCAUACCAACCACCUCCGAGCCCAUUCCAACGUCUCCACCACCUCCCGAAAUCACAUUCCUCCGCUCCGAUACAUUCGGCCACGAGGUAAUCACCCCGCCAGUAUACCCGGACCACGACGAUCAUCUUGGAGACCAAACCACCUUGAAAGCCGACGACACUCCCACAACACCAACAACCUCCUCCCCACGACGCAGCUUCCAACUAUUCCGCCGCUCCUCCUCCGCCCGCUCCCUCUCAAACCCCUCCUCACCAGCCUCUGCCUCGGGCUCCCAACCACGCCGAGAACGCCGCCUGUCAAAUCUACUCCACCGCGACCACCGAAACAACUCACGCGAUUCGUCCGUAAACAUCCCCGAAGAUCUACCCCAGAUCGAAGACCAGCAAGGAGACGAACGCGAACAAGAAGCGCAAUGGGAGAAACGGGCCACCGUGCUAGUGCAGAAGAAUCCGCAUUUCGGUCCCACAUCCCCGAUUCAUUCUCAGCACGAUUUGAGUCUGAGACCUGGUAUGCCCAGGUCAAGGAGCGGUAGUUCUGUAGGCGACCAGCAGGAUGAUGUAUGUUCUUCCCCCAUUCUGGCGAUUACGGUUGCGAUUGCGAUUGUUGUUGAGGCUGUGGAGAGCGUGGAGAAGAUGGGCCGUGCUAGUGCCAGACCUAAGCUAAUGCGAAUGCCAAUUCCGCAGAUCAAUAUCCAAGAAGCGAUUCGAUUACACGAAGCGGGUGUUCUCUACGGCCUGGCCCUGCGACACGGAUGGGGCUGCAUCAAAGACGAAGCACUGGCAGUAACGUAUCUUUCCGCCGCAGCCUCUAACUCCGCCGAUAUCGAAUCUGAGGCUCUGCGCGCGGGCAUGAAGAAAGGAGGUGCUGCGAAGGGCGAGUUAGUGCUUGCCAUAUUCGAGUUGGCGAAUUGUUUCCGGAAUGGUUGGGGCGUGGAGAAGGAUCCUGCUGCUGCGAGACAGUAUUAUGAGACCGCUGCUAAUUUGGGAGACCUUGAUGCGAUGGAUCAAGUGGCUUGGUGUUAUCUUGAGGGGUUUGGGGGGAAGAAAGAUAAGUUCAAAGCUGCCAAGUAUCUCCGACUAUCUGAGAAAAAUGGGGGACCUACUGUUGGUAAUUCGUGGAUCUGGAAGGAAAAGUAUGAUCCGAAAUGA